UAGAACAACUACUAUUAGAAGAAUUUAUGAUUGCAGUUUGUGAAUAUAUUAAUUUAAAGGAAGAAACUUAUAAUAUAAUUGAUUAUACUGAAAAACAAGACUCAUGCAUGAUGAGAGAAAUUAUAGUAACUAUUCAAGAAUAUUCAAAAGAAGGGGAGGAGAAGAAGAAGGAGAAACUAGAGAAA